UCUGAAAGUGGGACUUCCUACAAAAUAUUCGAAGUGGUCUUCAUUUUGAUUGUGACUGGAUUUUUAAGUUUGAUAACUGCCUUUGGAAACAUCCUCGUUAUGGUUUCUAUCAAAGUGAACAGACAUUUACAAACUAUUAACAAUUAUUUUACUUUCAGUUUAGCAUGUGCAGAUUUGAUUAUUGGUGCAUUCUCCAUGAAUCUAUUCACUGUCUACAUUAUAUUUGGAUACUGGCCUCUUGGCCAAGUAGUGUGUGAGUUAUGGAUUAUUGUAGAUUACGUUGUUAAUAAUGCCUCUGGCAUGAAUCUCCUUCUCAUCAGUUUUGACCGCUAUUUAUGUGUGACAAAGCCCUUAGAGUAUCCUAUGAGAAGGACAACUAAGAUUGCAGGGAUGAUGGUUGCAUCUGCCUGGGUUAUACCAUUCAUCCUGUGGGCUCCUGUCAGUCUCUUGUGGCAGGUCAUCGUCGGGGAGUGGACAGUCAGUGAGGGCGAGUGUUAUGUAUCAUUCCUUAAGAAUCCGACUGUAACUUUUGGCAUAGCUGUGGUUGCCUUUUAUCUCCUUGUUAUUAUCAUUGUGAUUUUGUAUGUGCGCAUAUCUCGUGCCAGCAAAAGUCGAAUAAAGGAGGAUAAGAAAGUAAAUCGAGAGAAGAUGGUGACACACACCAUUCUGGCUGUACUCCUAGGAUUUACCAUUACUUGGACCCCAUACAUUGUCUUGGUGUUCAUUAACAAUUUCUGUUCAACCUGUAUCCCCAGCGCAGUUUGGACGAUUGCCCAGUGGAUCUUUUACAUCAACAGUGCAAUCAAUCCUGUCUGUUAUGCUUUGUGUAACAAGAAUUUCAAGAAAACCUUUAAGUAUCUUCUCUUCUGUCAAUACAAGAACAUUAAUGCAAAAUGA